GUUCUCCUGGCUUUGUGACGUCACAGCACAAGUCAACAGAGGAAGAAACCAGUCCUCACUUCUCGCUUUUUUCAGCGAGAGGGACCGCCUGGGCGAGGAGUGUGGGAGCGUCGAAGAGCGGAAAAUGUCCAGCGGUUAGUCUAGGACUGCAGGGCGGCUUUUGAGAGACAGAGGACCACGCAACCCUUGUGGAGGCGUCGCUCACUCGUACCGACGGGCGGAAGGAAGAGGAAAAAAGCAGCGCGAGGGGUCCAGUCAUGGGGACGAGGUCGAGUCGCCUACAAGAAGACGCCGUGCCGUCGGCUUUCGCGAAAGACGGCAUAAGUCGGGAGACGUACCGCCGCGUGCGGAGCAAGAGGCCCACUAGCCUGGUGGUGGGUUUCUCGGGGAGUUUCGAACAAGACUCGGAAGCGAGCCGUAGUCGCUCGGAAGAGGGUAGCGACUCCGACCAGGGACAGCAUGCGAGCGCCGCCGGGAUUGCGGCUGACGGAAGCCCUCCCCGUGGCGACCAGGCGGACCCGUCGGACGAGAGCAGCACCCCCGGAAAACACACAGACGAGCAAGGCCCCGAGCCGGACGGCCACGGAGAUGUGCUGUCCGCGGCGGACACAGGCCGCAUCCCUCAGCGCACUUUCUCGGAACGCCUGCCCGUGAAUCGACAUUCUUCUUCCGGCCGGAACGGCUCCGCACGGUCCGCCCGCGCCCGGGCCGCCAACACGCGGCCCGUUUCCGAUGCGUGGAUCGGCCUGUACCGAGUCAACAAUCGCCAUGGCACAAUCCGCUGUCCUUUCUGCUCCAAGCCUUUUCCAGGCAGUAGGAUUGAAGACCACCUGCUGAGCUGCCUCACGUCCCCCCCACUCCCCUACAACACUGACACUCUGGCCAAGGACUCUGGGGAAUGUUCCAUUUGCCUGGAGGAUUUGAUUCAGGGGGAGACAAUUGCCCGUCUUGCCUGCCUCUGUGUCUACCACAAGAGCUGUAUUGACUCAUGGUGCAAAGUGAAAGCCUGCUGUCCAGAGCACCCCUUUGACUGAACUUCUUGUCAAGCGUCUGAACAUUACAGGGCAGAAUUUGUUGCAACUGUGCAAAAAAGAAAAUGCAGAAGAACUUCAAGACCUAUGUUUGCUGCGACUGAGCGAUGGCUGGUGUCACGGCUAACUUGUGUUUAGCUCAGCUCGGCGCUCGAGUGUAAACUUUUGUCACACUCUGGAACCAAGAGAAUGCGCUUUAUUUCAUCACUUUUCCAAACUGUUAAGGUUAGUAAAAAAACGAUGCUUGGCUUUUGCUAUUAAAGCCUCAACUGUUCCAGCGUGGUACCAAUAGGUUUUACAGGGAGCUCUGCGAAGAAAGGUGUGUGUUUUCAAUGUGUUUUCACUGGUGUUGCCAAGGGGACUCCAGGUCAUGGAAAGGAAGAAUCCUAAGCAGGCUUUUCUGCGAGUGACCAGGUGUUUGACUUCAGUGCUGUUUUUGUUCCUCUAUUAGUUUGUCACAAGUUUUCUCUCUUUGUGGACUGUCCAGCAAACUGUUGGGUUGAUGCCAAACUGUUACAUCUGAAGGGCAACUCUCUUCUGGAGUUGUCACAUUUUUACAAUGUUUUUGUAAUGUUUCCACAACCAGAAAUGUUUUUUGAGGACACAGCCACCUGUGGUUACUUUUUCACCACUGCGGUGUCUCUAAGUCAGGGUGGGAAGCAGUAGUGUGCCAGUCUUCA